AUGACUUAUGGUAAUCAUAAGUCCAAUGAAAUGACAUCAUGUUCAAAGCUUUCUAAGCUUAUGGAAGAAAACAGAUCACUUCGUAUGACACUCAGAAUGGAGGAAAGUCGACGUAAAGCCGUUUUUAAUAUGAUGCAAGAAUAUUUAGGUAAUGUUAGAGUUUACUGUCGAUGUCGGACUAUCACGCAUUCAAUACAGUGUGUUCAAAUUCAUUCUCUAGACACGUUGUCACUUUAUGUUGGAAAUAAGAAUAAUAUUGAACAUUAUAAAUUUGAGCGUGUAUUUGAUGGUUGUUCCAGUCAAGCAGAAGUGUACACAGAAUUGAUGCCGUCAGUCUGUUCAUUUCUAGACGGUUACAAUGUUUGCUUUUUAACUUACGGUGGUGAAGCAAGUGGUAAAACAUAUACUCUCUUGGGCCCGGAAGAUCGCUCCACUGAAAAUCAGGGUAUCGCACAACGAGCCCUGCAUACAAUUUUGAGAGAGCGUGAUAUCAGACAACCCGAAUGGAAUUUUCAGCUACUGGUUACAGUUAUCGAAGUCUAUAACGACACAGUGACUGAUCUUUUAAGUAUGCACACAGGAACACCUGUUCGUAUUGAUAUGAGUCUGGAACAAAUAAAGGAGAAAUUGGAAACAAUUGCCAUUGAAAAUGACUCACAUGUGGAGGGACUGUUGAACAUUUGUCGUCAGCGUCGAAAAACGUGUAGUACUGCGCUUAAUCCACACUCUUCCCGUUCCCACUUACUCAUAUUUGUUCACUUACGGGCUUGCAGUCGGAUUCAUGAAAGUGAAGUUAGCAGUGUUUUGGCGUUGUGUGAUCUUGCAGGUUUUGAGGAUAUAAUUAAAGCUGAGACGUCAAGUGACAAAAUAUCUACUAAGGAAGCAGGAUACAUUAACAAGUCUCUAACUGCUCUGAAUCGAGUUUUCACGGCACUACGCACACAAGAUCCUAACAGUAUUUCUUACAGGGAUUCAAAGUUAACGCACAUACUAAAACCAUUUUUCACGCAGUCUGGUAAAUGUAUACUUAUUGUUACUAUCAGAACGGACAAAAGUAGUAUCAGUUCGACGCAAAAUACUCUUCGAUUUUCCAAGAUAUCGCGUGGUGUUAACCUAGGAAGACCAAAUAAGAAGUUCAAUUUGGAUAAACUAAUAGACAGUCUUAGAAAUGCAUAAAUUUAAAAUAAAAAACAACUAAUAAGUACUCGACAAACUUCUAUGAAGAAUGGAAAAAAUUAUUCUUACAUGAAAAUUCCCCUUUUCGGAAGGAAAUAUCCUAAAUUGUACAUUUUAAUUUCAGAAAGUGAUGUUUUCUAUUUCGUUUAUAAAUGUAUC